AUGGACGUUAUCAAGACGCAGCAAGUAUCAGCGAGGCUCAUCGAGAAGGUGAUAGUUCACCCACUCGUUCUGCUCAGCAUCGUCGACAACUACAACCGAGUCGCCAAGGACACUCGCAAGCGAGUCGUCGGCGUUCUGCUCGGAAGCACUUACAAAGGCGUCGUCGACGUCUCCAACAGCUACGCAGUGCCCUUUGAAGAAGAUGAUAGAGACCCUAGCAUUUGGUUUCUUGACCACAACUACCAUGAAGCGAUGUUCUCUAUGUUCAAGAGGAUCAAUGCCAAGGAGCACGUUGUAGGUUGGUAUAGCACUGGGCCGAAACUACGGGAGAAUGAUCUGGAUAUUCACAGUUUAUUCCACAACUAUGUACCAAAUCCAGUCCUGGUCAUUAUUGAUGUGCAGCCUAAGGAGCUGGGAAUACCCACCAAAGCCUACUAUGAUGUCGAAGAAGUUAAAGAGAAUGCAACUCAGAAAAGCCAGAAGAUUUUUGUCCACGUGCCCUCUGAAAUUGCGGCUCAUGAGGUUGAGGAAAUUGGAGUGGAACACUUACUAAGGGAUGUGAAGGAUACAACCAUCAGCACCCUUGCAAAUGAGGUUACUGGAAAACUUACCGCUCUAAAGGGUUUGGAUGCACGGUUACGAGAAAUACGCAGUUACCUAGAUCUUGUCAUUGAUGAGAAGCUUCCACUAAAUCAUGAGAUACUUUACCAUUUGCAGGACGUAUUCAAUCUACUUCCAAAUCUCAAUGUGGCAGAGUUGGUCAAGGGGUUUUCAGUAAAAACAAAUGACAUGAUGUUGGUUAUAUAUCUUUCAUCUCUCAUCCGAAGCGUCAUUGCCCUCCACAACUUGAUCAAUAACAAGAUGCUAAACAAAGAACACGAGAAAGCUGAGGAUGCAAAGCCAGCAACGGCCCCAUCUGUUGCUGGAAGCUGA